AUGGAGAGCAGAAAGCUUAUUUCUGCAACUGACAUUCAAUACUCUGGUAAUCUUCUGAACUCCUUGAAUGAGCAACGAGACCAUGGCCUGUUCUGCGAUGUCACUGUCAUUGUGGAAGAUCGAAAAUUCCGGGCCCACCGGAAUGUUCUGUCCGCAUCGAGUACUUACUUCCACCAGCUUUUUUCUGUUGCUGGGCAAGUGGUUGAACUAAACUUUUUAAGGGCAGAGAUUUUUGCGGAAAUUCUCAACUAUAUUUAUAGUUCUAAACUUAUGCGUAUUAGAUCAGAUCUACUCGAUGAGAUAAUUAAGUCAGGGCAGUUAUUAGGAGUGAAGUUUAUAGCAGAACUUGGUGUUCCUUUGUCACAGGUUAAAAGUAUCUCAGGUUCAAUAAAGCCAGAUAGUGGUGAAACCUUACCUUCUGGCACAGAUGAAAAUGGUCUUCAAAUGCAAAAAGCAGAAAAUGAAGGGUCUGAUGCUGGUGUGACUAUGAUGCCUGUUAUAACUGAGACUUUCUCUUUAUGUGCUGAAGAUUAUGAGACAAAAAAAAUUGGUACCGAUUCUGAUGAAGAUGAUGAUGUCAUUUUCUGCUCUGAAAUUUUACCUCCCAAAGAGGGUUUGCCAGGUGGCACCUCAGUGGCCCAAGUCCAGCCUGACCCAGGGCCUGUUGCCUAUGCUGAUAAGGCUUGUGGUACUAGUAGUUCUCCCCCUCUAACAAAUAAACCUCUACAGACACUUGCUACUUCGGUGAAUCAGACAGGCCCAAGCCAAACCCGAAAUAGUGAAGAAACACUUAAGUCUGCAGCCCCAAAGCAUCUGACUCCCAACAUUAUUUUGUUAAAUCAGCCAGCUCUUAACUCGAUGCCAAGCUCUUCACAUCCCAGUCAGAUGUCUCCUGCAGUUAAUUUAUUGGUCCAGAAUCAUCCGCAGAUACCAAAUAAUGCCGCGGCUUUGCCUAAACGUAGGACCAAUGUAGACGUUGAAGCAGAGAUUAUAGAUGAUGAUGAUGACACUAUUAGUUCUAGUCCAGACUCAGGAGUUAGUAAUACCUCUUUAGUCCCACAUCCUGAUACCCAGAAAAAUGUUUCUUUUAAUGGCUCAGCAAUCCAGUCCAAGCAGGUUUCACUUUUUCAUCAAGAACCACUGUCUAACUCUUUAAAAAUUUCAAAUGUCAUUACUGAAAGCAGUAAGGAUUCUGGUGGAGGUUCCAAACAUGUGAUGGAAGGUCAAAAGAUCAUUACACUUGAUACAGCUACUGAAAUCGAAGGCUUAUCUACGGGUUGUAAGGUUUAUGCAAACAUUGGGGAGGACACAUAUGACAUAGUGAUUCCUGUCAAAGAUGACCCCGAUGAAAAAGAGGCCAAGCACGAUAAUGAGGUCCCCAAAACAUCUGGUGACGAGCCUUCAAACAAGCGUGUGAAAGUUAAACAUGAUGAUCACUAUGAAUUAAUAGUAGAUGGCAGGGUGUAUUAUAUCUGUAUUGUGUGCAAAAGAUCUUACGUCUGUCUGACGAGUUUGCGGAGACAUUUUAACAUUCAUUCUUGGGAGAAAAAGUACCCAUGCCGUUACUGUGAGAAGGUGUUUCCUCUUGCAGAGUACCGCACCAAACACGAGAUUCAUCAUACAGGAGAGCGACGGUAUCAGUGUUUGGCCUGCGGCAAAUCUUUCAUCAACUAUCAGUUUAUGUCUUCACAUAUAAAAUCAGUUCAUAGUCAGGACCCUUCUGGUGACACUAAGCUUUAUCGCUUACAUCCGUGCAGGUCUUUGCAGAUCAGGCAAUAUGCUUACCUUACUGAUAGGCCGAGGAGUAUACCUGUAAUAAAGGAAGAUGAGAUUGUGUAUAAGGUUGACGGUGGGAAAGAACCUUCAGAAGGGACUGCUACUUCUACUCCCCAAAACAAGCCAAUGACUUGGGAUGACAUCUUUAUUCAACAGGGAAAUGAUUCAAUGUUUAAACAAAAUGUAACAGAUGGUAGCACUGAGUUUGAAUUUAUAAUACCAGAAUCUUACUGA